AUGCCUACAGGAAGAAGGGGACUAGUGGCCCCACAGAACACAUUUGUUGAAAGUAUCAUACGCCGAUCCAAUGUACAACAUAGCAAUUUUCUACUUGCAAACGCGCAGAUCGUUGACUACCCAAUAGUGUACAGCAACGAUGGAUUUUGUAAGAUGUCGGGGUACAACCGAGCCGAAGUUAUGCAGAGAAGCAGUACCUGUAGCUUUAUGUACGGCGAACUCACGGACAAGGAAACCAUUAAGAAAGUCAGGAGUUCGUUCGAGAACUACGAAACUGUGCAAGUCGAGAUCCUUAUGUAUAAGAAGAAUAGGACACCGAUGUGGUUGUUACUCCACGUUGCGCCCAUAAGGAAUGAAAAAGAGAACGUAGUCUUGUUUUUGUGUACAUUUAAAGACAUUACAGCCUUAAAACAACCAAUAGAAGAUGAAUCGAUGCGAGGUUUAGGGCGUUUUGCACGGCUGGCGAGAACGGUUACCAGAAGCCGGUCGGUGUUGGUGCAAGUCGCACAGCACUUACCAAAUUCUAAACCAGAACAAAAGCAAUCACAAAUAUCACAAAUCGCUCAUAUGAUGAACUUGAAUUCUGAGAUUUUACCACAGUACAAGCAAGAAGCUCCAAAGACGCCACCCCAUAUUAUACUUCAUUACUGUUCAUUUAAAUCAAUUUGGGAUUGGAUUAUAUUAGUGUUGACUUUCUAUACAGCGGUUGCUGUGCCUUUCAAUGUUGCCUUUAAUACCAAGUCAAUGGAAGACUACGCCAUAAUAGUAGUGGACGGGAUAGUGGAUAUUGUCUUCUUCAUCGAUGUCAUUCUUAAUUUUCACACUACGUUCGUUGGCCCCGGGGGUGAGGUGGUCUCAGAUCCGAAGAUAAUAAGAAUGAACUACUUGAAGACUUGGUUCGUCAUCGACUUGCUGUCAUGUUUGCCCUAUGACGUCAUAAACGCCUUCAAUGAGGUCGAUGAUCAAAUAAGCAGUUUGUUCAGUGCUUUAAAAGUGGUUCGAUUACUACGUCUUGGUCGCGUAGUCAGAAAGCUGGACCAUUACAUAGAAUACGGAGCGGCGUUGUUGAUACUGCUUAUGUCUUCGUUUAUAAUGUGGGCACAUUGGCUAGCGUGUGUCUGGUACACUAUCGGAAUGGGAGAAAUGCCCACGGAAAUUGGAUGGUUGCAUAAAUUGGGCGAGGACAUCAACGCAUCGUACAACUUGUCUGCCACUAACUACGCCGACAGCGGACCGACUAAGGGGUCUGCUUACGUCACGGCUCUCUACUUCACAAUGAGUAGUCUGACGAGCGUUGGAUUUGGAAAUGUAUCGCCUAAUACAGACGGCGAGAAGAUAUUCACCAUAGUGAUGAUGGUCAUUGGAUCUUUAUUGUACGCAUCUAUCUUCGGUAACGUGACAACGAUUUUUCAGCAAAUGACACAAAACACGGCCCGGUACCAUGACAUGCUGAACAGCGUAAGGGAAUUUAUGAAGCUACACCAGGUGGACAAGGGACUGGGUGAAAGAGUAAUGGACUACGUUGUCUCGACGUGGUCUAUGACGAAGGGAAUCGACACAGAAAAGGUGCUGAGCUAUUGUCCCAAAGACAUGAAAGCCGACAUAUGUGUUCAUCUUAAUAGGAAGGUUUUCAACGAACAUCCAGCGUUUCGAUUAGCUAGCGAAGGAUGCUUGAGGGCGCUCGCCAUGAAUUUCGACAUGAGCCACAGCGCACCUGGUGACGUUCUUUAUCACUCUGGGGAGAGCAUAGAAACUCUGUGCUUUGUGGUGUCUGGUUCGCUGGAAGUUAUUCAAGAUGACGAAGUUGUUGCAAUUCUGGGCAAAGGUGACGUUUUUGGAGACAACUUUUGGAAAGAACAGAAUCUGGGUCAAGCUGCUGCUAACGUACGAGCCCUGACCUAUUGUGACCUACAUGCAAUUAAGAGGGAGGAUUUAUUAGAAGUUCUCGAUUUUUACGUCAAUUUCGCACAGUCAUUUGCUAGAAACAUGGUCCUGACAUACAACCUCAGAAAUCGGCUCAUAUUUAGAAAGAUCAUUGACGUCAAACGUGAAAAGGAAGAAGCGGAAAAGCGCAAGAAUGAUCCGCCAAUCCCCGCUGAUCACCCAGUGCGAAAACUCAUGUCACGGUUCCGGAAACUCAGCGAUGUGCCAGAAAAACGGGCAGGCUCUGCCAAUACUAAAAGGGACAGUGAUGGAUCUCAUGACGGUGACAACCCAAAUGGACAACACCGUCCUCGGUCAAAAAUGAAAACAUCUCUCACACCCAGACUGAUUAAAGUCAACGAGUCGACACCCAACGAGGAGCGAAACGACAGAAAGGAGGUGAGACGGGAAUUGCCUAUUACAUUGUUAACCGCCGCAAAGUCAGAACCAAGAAUUGAUCAACCACAAAAGGAAUCAAAAUGGCCGUUCAAACGGACAAAUCUGAAAAAAGCCGAAUCCACGGAUAGCGGGAUUAUAAAAAGUGAACAGAAACUAGAUGAAGUUGGACAGGACGCGUUGGAAACAACUAAAAAACAUGGCGGUGUUCAUAACAACACUCACGAUCAACAACUGAUCGCUAGUUUGAUCGAAAUCAAACUUGAACUGAAAGAAGAGAUCGGCUCCUUGAACGGUAAGAUGAGUCGAUUAGAUGGACAAAUAUCCGACAUGAUCAAAUUGUUUUCACCGAUGUCCACACCGAACUUACCAGUUGGCAGACAAAGUAACCACGACGUUGGAUACUCGGAUCCAUCGUCUCCCCAACGAGGGGGGCCUCCUGAGCCGGCGAGUUCAACGUCAUCGGGGAUCAGUUCCGGAACGUCGUCGACGGACGACACCCAAAAUAAAACGCCGGCUGUGAGGACAUCGAGUGGCACGAGUCGAACGUCGACAACAUCGCACGGGUCAAAAGGAUCAAAACAUUCAGCAGGUAGUCGCCGAAGUGUAUCUCCGCACCCAUCAACAUCGUCGACGUCAUCCGAGCCCACACCAGUGGAGACGGUGGAUAGUUCCAAUAUAAUACAACUUAUGGAGACAGAAAUAACGGAACAGAGUGCAUCGGACAUUGAAUCGCCGCCAAACGACAACAGUGUGCCACAAUUUUAGACAAAAACCCGGGGACGAGACAUCUGCGUUGAGGCUCCGCUUUAACUCGUGACUACGUCAGUACAUCUUCAUUGUAUAGCGCCCCCUACGUGUGUUGUCUUCGUAAAACAGCUUGUGUAUAUUUGUUGGCAAUAAUUACGCCCGCCAUUUUGUGAAUAUUGUGGAAACAGUGUAAAAUAUGUUGUUAUCUAAAUUUUAUACCUCUGAAAAACUCAAUUUGAUUUUUGAUACGAAAACAAAAAUUAAACCUUGGUAAACCAUGACAUGGUAGUGACAGAAAUGCUGGAGCCUGAACACAAG